AUCCUUAAAUAUUUGGCAAACAUUACUUCAUAGUUUAUUCAAGUACUUAAGGCCUGUUGAAAAACUAUAUGGAUUUAUGAACUGUACAGAGACUUAAAUACGGUUUAUUGAUUAUAUUUGGUCAGACUCGGAGGUAACUACAUAAGAAAUCCGUAUGAAAUAAGAAAGCUUCAUCUUAAACAUUUAACAUUUUUGUUCACUAUAAAAGGGAUGUCUGGAAACAAAGGUUAUAGUAGGGAAGCACCACCACCAUAUUCAGCAGUACCACAACAAGCACAAUAUGUCCCACCACCAGGAAAUGCACAAGCACAGUAUGGUGCCCCUCCAACACAAUACAAAGCAAACGAGACUGUCGUAGUGAAGGGGGUAUUUGAUGCAGGAGCUAGAUUUGGACCAGGCUCUGGUGCCAGCAUUCCACCGCCACCCCCGGGUGUAAAGCCCAAUGCUGCCCAAAUGGCCCAGUCCCAAGGAGCAAAUGUUGUGGCAACACAGAAACCCCAAAAGAAAUGGGAAGGAGGAUCGGAUGGAGGCUACUGCUUGAUGUAGACAUAUAUAUAGUGUCAUAAAUCUACUAGUGUCUUUAAUGUGCAUAUAACUUUUUAUACUAGUAAAGAUCUAAUAUAUUUGGUCGAUUUAAUCACAAUGAAAAGAUGUAGCAUUGAAUAUCACUGAUACAUAUGUUCAUCCUAUUGAUGAUAGACGAAG